AUGAUACUCAAAACCAUCACCAUUGCCGACGAUGGUGGUGUCUAUGAUAUCAGCAAUGACAAAGAAUUCGAUCGUUUGUUGGCCUCGUUCAAGAAUAAGACAGUACCCUAUUUGGUGAACGCUGAAACGAAACGGAGGGUUCUUGGAUAUGCCUCGCUAUCUGAUGGAGGAACCUACACUGCAAAGGUCUCUCGCCAAAAUCUUGAUACAACAACGAUGGAUGCGCUCACGAACGAGGAUGUAGAACCAAAACCACCCAAUGCCCCUCCAUCUGGUGCACUACUACCAGCCAAUCCUGAAACGAUGAAUCAGGCAGAAGGCCAGGCGGAUCCCACAAAUGCCAGGAACGGUAGUAACAAUGACGAUGAUGAUGAUGAUGAUAAUGCUGAUGCGAAAGCCAAUGCGAAAAGACCAAAAGAGGAAAGGACCGACGGCGGCAACCAAACAAAGAGAAAGAAGAAACAAAAGACAACGAACAAAGGUGAAAUCAUUAACAUCAGCAGUGACAGUGAUGCUGCAAAAGAGAUUAAAUACAAUGGCACAACGAAACACCAGCUUGAUGAGUGCGAAAAGGAGAAACAAUUGAGUCAAGCCAGAAAAUUCAUGGAUGAUGGGAAUGAUUUGAAAAAGAAAAGGAGAUAUGUGGAAGCAAUUCACCUUUUCCAAGAGGCUCUUGAGAUUAGAUUGGAUGAGUUGGGAUUUCGUCAUGUUGACACUGCUCGCUCAUACAACAGUAUCGGGGAUGCCUUGCGCGAACAAUUGAAAUAUGAUGAAGCAUUGAGGCACUACCGAAAGGCAUUAGAUAUUCGAUUGAAGGUGUUGGGAAAUCGUCAUGCCGACACUGCCGAAUCGUACUACAAAAUCGGAGUCUUGUUCGAGGGAAAAUCUGGCGGCGACGAAAUGUUGGAGAGCCACCAAAAGGCUCUUGAUAUUCGAUUGAACGUCUUGGGAAAUCGUCAUGUUGACACUGCCCAAUCAUAUUCCAAAGUCGGGAGUGUUUUCUACCAUGGAGGUUUAUAUGAUGAAGCGUUGAAGAACCACCAAAAAGCGCUUGACAUUCGAUUAGAAGUCUUGGGAAAUAGUCAUGGAGAUGUUGCCGAGGCAUACCGCGAUGUCGGAUGUGCCUAUGACGGGCAAGGGAAAUAUAAGGAAGCAACGAAUUCAUAUCGCCAAGCUAUCGAAAUUGAUUUGAACAUUCCGGAACGUCGUCAAACACUGGACUGCAUUGAUACCUACUACUACCUGGGUAAAGUCUUGGCCAAGCAAAACAAAGAUGCCGAAAGCCGUGCCGUGUACCAACAGGCUCUUGAUAUAGUUUUGGAGGAACACGGGGAAGACGAGGGUUAUGCUGUAUACUUGCGAAAACUUGCCAAAGGUUUGUAUGUCACCCGAAGACCAACAUUGACCUGA